UACAAAAUGAUUAAAUUUUGAAAAUAUUGCAUUUUGGACAUUUUUUACCAUAAUCAAAUGUCUGAUGAUACAUCUGAACAACUAAAAAAAUUCACCUUUUCCUCCAAAUAUACCUACCAGGGUCAGAUUCAGGAAGAAACUUUAGAAGUAAUAAUACCAGAGCUUCUGCAAGCAAGCUACUCGUUUUAUACGUGGCCAUCAGCUCCAGUUUUAGCCUGGUUCCUGUGGGAGCAUCGCAAGGAACUCUCCGGCCUGAAAAUAUUAGAAAUCGGAUCGGGAACUGCACUACCGGGGAUAGUCGCUGCUAAGUGUGGUGCUAAAGUAACGCUGAGCGAUUCUGCAACAUUACCAAAAUCGUUAGCGCACACGAAACGUUGCUGUCAGCUCAACAACUUGAACGUCAAUCAAGACAUACGUGUGAUCGGUUUCACUUGGGGACUUUUCCUAAACAAUUUAGCCUUAAUUGGGCCUCUCGAUUUAAUUUUGGGUUCGGACUGCUUUUACGAACCGUCUGUUUUCGAAGACAUAUUGGCAACAAUUUCUUAUCUAUUCGAAAGCAAUCCCGCUGCCAAAUUUCUUUGCACCUAUCAAGAACGUAGUUCGGACUGGUCAAUCGAGCACUUACUUUCCAAGUGGAAUUUAAAGUGCCAAUUGCACAACAUCAAUAAUUUAGGACAAAGCGCCGGAGUGAAUAUUCACGAUUUAAUCGGCGAUCAUAGUAUUCAUUUGCUGGAAAUUUCGCGCUAAAACACUAAUGGCCUCAAAUGUUCGUCAUAUGCUUCGAUUGUAUGUCGGGAACAUACCGUGGACAAUUGGCAACAACGAAUUGAAA